UUAUCUCUUUUUCAAUGUACACAGUACACACAACAUAGAUAAGAUCAACAAACCUUGAAUCUUCAAUCACACAUCCAUGUAUUAUUAGCCCACAUAUAUAUAUAUAUAUUAAUACACAUACACAUACCUUAAGCUUAAUUAACUUGCUUGCAAGAAAUGCAAGGAUAUACUAAAAUGAAGAUCAACAAAGAGCUUUUCCACCCAAUUCACCCACAACACAAGUUAAAUCUAGAGUACUCUAAUAUCCCAUUCAAUUGCAAUGGAUGCAAAGAAGCCGGUAUUGGCUUCAAAUACACAUGCCACAAAUUCUGUGACUUCAACCUACACAAAUCAUGUGCCUUAGCUUGUUCAACCUUAAACCAUCCUUUUUACAAGAAAUGUCACUUCCAACUCCAUAACCUUCCUCCUGGCGCGAUCUUAAGGUUAUGUGAUGCAUGCCAUAACGAAGUUCAAGGGUUUGUAUACCAUUGUAAGAAGUGUGGAUUUGAUCUUCAUCCAUGCUGUGUAAAUUUACCUCAAGUGUUGAAUAAUGGGGAGCGUGAUCUUUACUUGCAUCUCAAGUUAUCGCGGUCGUGCCAUUAUUGUGGUAGGAAAGGGCAAGGGUGGGCUUAUGUUUCUAAGUGUAAAAUGUUUAGUCUCCAUGUAUCCUGUGUUAAGAAAUUACUUGUGGAAAGUUGGGAGGCUAAGUACUUGAAUGUGGAUAAUAACAUGGUAAGGGAAUUGGAGACUAGUAUACCUAAUCUUAAGGGAAGUUUGAGAAAUCAUCAUGGUGAUAAAUCAAAUGUUGGAAAGUUGAGUAAGUGUUGUGAGAUUGCUGGAAAUGCUGUUAAUAUUAUUGUGUCUGCAAUUUUGGGUGAUCCUACAGCUCUUAUAGCUGGAGUUGUUGGUCGGUUCAUAUCGAAUUAAUGUAAAAAAGAUAAGGAAAGAUCGAAAAAUAUAUGAUAUAUGAUGUAUGAUGAUUGAUAAUAGAGCCAUUUGUGAAAAAAAAUCAAUGUAAAUAUUAUGUUUAUAAUGUGUGUAAUUGUGUAUGUUUCAAUGUACUCAUGGAUCCUAAUCCUAAUUAAAUUUUAAGUCAUGCCUGGCUAAGGUUA